AUGUCCAACAUUGACAUAUCUCAGGUGAAGAAUCCCUUUAAUGUUAUGUACCCGUGUACGUGUGGAUGUAAGCUGAACCUUGAGCUGCAGUCCUUGAGUCUUUUUGUCUGUCCCCUGUCAGACCUAUCAGAGGCCAUCCUGCAGUCAAUGCAGCGGAGCCGCCGCCUCCUCUUGGUUCUCAGCCCAAACUUCCUGGCAGAAAAGAGCUUCAGUCUCCUGGAGUGUCGUCUCGGUCUGUACCUCGAGAAUAGUCUCCGAGCCUCUAUUAUCGCUGUGGUUUACCGCUCAGUCAGCAAACUGGCCUGCGUGGAGGUCCCUCAGCUCCGUCAGGCCACCAUCACCACCGUCACAUGGCGAGGAACCCGAUCUGAACCGCGGCGCUCUCGCUUCUGGCUCAGGCUGAGGCUGGCACUGCCCGUCCGCCCACUCGCUCUGGGCAGGAGGUUGAUCGACAGCACAUCAUCGCACUCAGACCUGGCUGCCAUGGCCCUGCAGAGGGCUCAACGGAUCCAGAGCCAGAGCGACAGAACCAAUCAGGGCCACCGAAACGGGCGUACCAAUGUUAGCCGCAGAGACAGGCGGACGCGGCCCAGAGGGUACCUCAAGAGAGGGGUCAUAAAUAUGGAGGAGGGGCCACAGCACAGCAGGAGUUGCUCAGGGUGCGCUGGGUUUAUGGGCAAUGUAGAGGGGGCAGGGGUGGAGCUUACAGUAGAGACACAAACACAGCAGGAACCAUGCGAUAGGACAGAAGUUCGUUCAGACCCGGUCCCAGAAACACACCCCAACCCAGUUCCUAACUCCGCCCAUGAUGCUCACUGCUCUCCUAACCCCACCCUCAUACACCACCUAGAUUCUGACUCCGCCCUCACUAUCAGUCCGGAGAACAAAAUGGGGAAACACAACCAGCAGCAGGCGGUGAGCAGUUCAAGGACGUCUGAGGAAGUUCUUCCAUCGUAG